AUGACUUCUCAUCAACUGAGCGUCGAAGUUGACAUCAUAAAACAUAAAAAUUUAUUCUCGCCACAAACUCAAAAGGGUUUUCUCCUCUACAUUCCCAAGAAAGAUAUAUCAGAGCUUGAAAAAGAAAAAAAAAUGUCUUUUAGUAAUCCACAAAAUGAUAUUAACCCUGAGAUGGCUAAUGGAUGUGGAUCUUUGGCUUUGGAAGAUAUAUGGCUUUUCUUACUUACAACUAGAGAGAAAGAAUUUUCACCAUGA